AACGUAUUUGUACGGCGCUGCCAAGUUAUGUUGCGUGGCGGAGGGGACCAUGAGGUCCUGUUAUUUCACCCAGUCCUAUGGGCUACAUGGCACCGCCAUCUUGAGCAGGAGUGACGCACAGCGGUCGCCAUUUUGUUCGAGAAGGCGGGUAUAUCCGGUUCCGGCGUAGGUUGUUCUCUCUUUUCCUCGGCGGGGCGGCAGCGCGAGUGGCUGUAGUGGUCGUGUCUCUGAGCUAUCCGGUUCCAUCCUCGUCGCUGCGGCGACACUCGCACCCGCCACCGCCAUGACUGAACAGAUGACCCUUCGUGGCACCCUCAAGGGCCACAACGGCUGGGUGACCCAGAUCGCUACCACUCCCCAGUUCCCAGACAUGAUACUGUCGGCCUCGCGAGACAAGACCAUCAUCAUGUGGAAGCUGACCCGGGAUGAGACCAACUACGGCAUCCCACAGCGUGCUCUUCGGGGUCACUCCCACUUUGUUAGUGAUGUGGUCAUCUCUUCAGAUGGCCAGUUUGCCCUCUCAGGCUCCUGGGAUGGAACCCUUCGCCUCUGGGAUCUCACAACGGGCACCACCACACGCCGAUUUGUGGGACAUACCAAGGAUGUGCUGAGUGUGGCCUUCUCCUCUGACAACCGGCAGAUUGUCUCUGGCUCCCGUGAUAAAACCAUCAAGCUAUGGAAUACUCUGGGUGUAUGCAAAUACACUGUCCAGGAUGAGAGCCACUCGGAGUGGGUGUCUUGCGUCCGCUUCUCACCCAACAGCAGCAAUCCCAUCAUUGUCUCCUGUGGCUGGGACAAGCUAGUCAAGGUGUGGAAUUUGGCAAACUGCAAGCUGAAGACCAAUCACAUUGGCCACACGGGCUACCUGAACACUGUCACUGUCUCUCCAGAUGGAUCCCUCUGUGCUUCUGGAGGCAAGGAUGGCCAGGCCAUGCUUUGGGAUUUAAAUGAAGGCAAGCACCUUUAUACGCUAGAUGGUGGGGACAUCAUCAACGCCUUGUGCUUCAGUCCCAAUCGCUAUUGGCUCUGUGCUGCCACAGGCCCCAGCAUCAAGAUCUGGGACUUGGAGGGCAAGAUCAUUGUAGAUGAACUGAAGCAAGAAGUUAUCAGUACCAGCAGCAAGGCAGAGCCACCCCAGUGUACUUCCCUGGCCUGGUCUGCUGAUGGCCAGACUCUGUUUGCUGGCUAUACGGACAACCUGGUGCGAGUGUGGCAGGUGACCAUCGGCACGCGCUAGAAAUACAUGACAGAGCUUUAGAAAUAAAAAACUGGUUUUUGACUUUUAGAAA